ACACUCAGUUGCCAGACGUCCUUCGUAACACACAGUGUUGCAAGGAGGAUUGCUUUCCUCAUCAGCCUCCAGAGCGACCUCAGACCUGACCUCAGCAACUCAUACAGACAUGGCUCCGUGGGGUGAUUCCAAGCUCUUUUUCUGUAUCCUUUUCAUCAUCGGCUUCAGUACAGUUACCGUGGCGCAGGUUAUCCGUGACUGCUGCUUGUCAGUAACAAACAAACAAAUCGAUAAAAGGUUUGUUGUGGACUACAGUGAACAGGCCAGAGGCUGCUCUGUUCAUGCCACAGUUCUGGUGACCAGACUUGGGAAAAAACUCUGUGCCCCACCCAAGCAACAACAGUGGGUGCAAAAUGUGAUAAAGCACGUGGAUCACCUGAAACAAAGGUGCAAGAAGGAGAACUACAAGGGAAAUCGCUGCUUUGGAGUGAAACCUGAAUAACAUCACAUUCGAUCACUAUGACCACAAAGUGCUAGACGUAUAAAUCCAGCUAAUAAUUUCUCCUGUUACCAAAUGGCCUUUUGUGGUUUCAUUUCCUGUCAUAUUUGUCCUUUAAAAAAAACCAUAUAAGCUGCAAUAGAAAUACAAGAUCUUGGACUUUUAUUUUUUUAUUGAUUUGGUGUUUUUCGGAGAGAUAUAUAAAAGAAGACAGCUGAAUGUGUUGACACAUAAACUAACAUAUAUUUUAGUCAACGGAUGGAAGUUUUAUUGUAAUCUUAGUGUGAAUCUUAAUCUACUCUAAAUUAAACUUUUUAUUUUUCCCAAA